GUUAAGGAAACCCUACGUUCCUGAACGCACCCCAGAUUUAAGUUGUUGGAGCAACAAGAUAAACCAUGCUUGUAGUCGAAGCGACUGUUGUUUCUAGUCCUAGCAACAGUUGUUUCAAUUCAUGGUAAAUAAAUCAUCAAAUGUGGCUAGUUUUUGGAUCCAAAUAUUGACUAACGAGUUGAACAACGUCGUAUGUCCUGUAUUGGGUACAUUAGCUAACACUAUCAAGGACCAUAGUGCUGAUACAGGUACAUCUUUGCCGGAGUAAUGUCUGCAGUCAGUAGCCUGGUCCCAGCUCGAUUCCUGACUCUCACUGCUCACCUCGUCAUCGUCAUCACCAUUUUCUGGUCACGGGAGAACAAUGUUGAAGCUUGCCUGCCUUUGGAUUUCACACAGGAGCAAUAUGACAAGGAGGACACCAAGUUGGUGGUAGCAUUGUCAGUGACCAUGGGUCUGUUUGCUAUAGAGCUGGCUGGCUUCUUCUCUGGUGUGUCAAUGUUCAACUGCAGCCAGGGCCUCCUCUCGUUGGCUGCCCACUGCAGCGCAUCCGUCUCCCUGUCUUUCUUUGUCUUCCAGAGAUGGGAGUGUUGGACAUACUGGGUUAUUUUUGCCUUCUGCAGUGUUCUCCCUGCGUUUGUGGAGAUGCUUCUCUUCAUCGCAGUAUUCGGACUGAAGAAGAAGCCACUAUAACCGAGAGCAGCGUUUCACAUCGAUGUUCGGUCUGGGAUGUAGUGUCCAUCCUUCCCAGCACUUGUACACAGCUGUCCAAGUGUGUGACUGCUCAAUAGUGUCAAGGAGAUAUGGUGGAUGUUAGUGAUUUUGAUGGUGAUCGUAGUGACAAAG